AUGGAUACGUACGGCUGUUUGUGGCCAAUCAUAGUGAAUGGCUCCAAGAGUGUGAUUGAGACUUGUAGCAGCAAAGUUCCUAAUUAUUGGCAAGAUAAAAGAGAAAGUAUUGUUGUUCCAUUUUCAGAAGAUGUUGAUAUCGAUGAAUGUGCAACCAGCACUUCGAAUUGUGAACAAAACUGCGCCAAUACAAUUGGAAGCUUCACAUGCAGUUGCCUUCCUGGAUACAGCAUCAAUGUGACAAACAGUUCACGUUGUGAUGAUGUCGAUGAAUGUGUAACCAACACUUCGAACUGUGAACAAAACUGUGCCAAUACAAUUGGAAGCUUCACAUGCAGUUGCCUUCCUGGUUACAGCAUCAAUGCAACAAACAGUUCGCGUUGUGAUGCACAACGCAAAGUAAUCCUAAGGUUUACUGUCUCAAGUGAGGAUGUGAAUUUGGCUGAUCAACUAAUAAGAGAGGAAGUUCUUCAAAAUCUUCAAGCUUUAGCCCAUAACAUGGGAGCAAAGAUAGAAAAGAAGAGAUAAGUGAAAUCUGCAAGUAAUGUCAUACUGCACUUCAUAUCGCAACCUGCAUAAUAGUGUGAUCUCAAGCGGGACAAGAGUGUUUUAUUACUGUGUUAUUUAAUUGAAGUUUUACAUUUGACUCCUGUAUGAUCUGUACCAUCUCUGCUCUAAUUAAAUUAUUGUUGAUUAUUAAUAUAAAUGGGAAUUCCAUUAAACCAUAUGAAUUAACAUUUCCAUUCUCAGAUACAUGAAACAAUUUAAAGCAGGCAUAUUGUUAAAUACAACUAAUGCUACAAUAUUGAAAUGCUAUAACAGAUAAUAUUGUCACAGCUACUCAGGAAGACUUGGAAAUGGAUUUUCAAAUUAUUUCCUGUUGUAAAUCUGCUAUUAUAGAUCAGCCUCUUAUUUUUAUUUUCAAUUUCUUUGAAAUCAAACUGUUUAGUUGACUGGAAUUUACAUUGAGAGGAAUUUAAAAUCCUUUAUCUGAAAUCUUUUUGGAGGUGCUCCUGCCCCUCCCUCUGUGGUGGUUAAUCAACUAUUAAUCAUUAUAUAUCAUUAUUGAAUUUAAAAAUUUCCCAAGGCCAUUCAUCGAGGAAUUAGAAAACAAAAUAUAAUACUCAGGCCAUAUAGAGAGCUGUUGGGGCAGAUGACAAAAAAAGCUAUGUUUUAAGGAGUGUUUCAAUGGAGGAAAGGGUUGUAGGCUUUAGAGAGAGAGUUCCAGAUUUUCAGACUGGGGCAACAUGGUGCCCAGUGGUACAGCAAACAAAAUCGGGAAUGGUUAAGAGAAUGAGAGGAAUAUUGUAAAUCAGACAGGGUUCCCUUGCCUUCCACAGUCCGUCUUUUAUCCCAUUUGGAAUCAGUGACACAAAGCACAACCAAGAAAGCAGCUUCCAUAUAGCGUAAUUACUCUUUAUUUAUAAACCAAAUCAUAGCAUAUACACAAAUAAACACAUGAAUUGCUUGAAAAACUCAACCGGACUGACAGUAUCUAUGGAGAGAAAACAGGGUUAAUGUUUCGGGUUCAGAAACUUCUGUAAGUUCAGCUCUUAGUUCAGUUUCAAGACUAAUUAUAGAAAGAUAUUCAAUAAAUGCUUCACAUCAUGACUGACAGAAAUAUACAGAAAACAAAAUACGUUAUAGCAUCCAACGCCACAAAAAGAACAUCAGAAUGAUAAAAUGCUCUUCAGUGCAGGUGACUUGGAGGAUUGUAAAUAGAGGUGAUUAGAGAGAUAGGGCAAGACCAGAGGUUUGAAAAUAAGCAUGACAGUUGUAAAAUUGAGGUAUAGUUUAAUCAGGAGCCAUUGUAGGCUAUUGAACACAGAUGGUGCUGAUGGAUGGGAUUUGGUGCAAAUUAUGAUAUCAACAACAGAGUUUUGGAUGACCUACAGGUUAGAAAGUAAGAGACCAGACAAGAAAGCAUUCGUAUAUUCAAAUCUAUAGGCAAAAAAAACAUGGAUGAGAGUCUACAAAGCAAAUGAGCAGAUAGUGGGGCAAAGAUAACCAAUGUUAAAGAGUUAGUGAUAGGCCAUCAUAGCGAUGGCACAGAUCAACGGUUUGAAAGUAUAUCUCAGGUUUAAAUAUGAUUCCAAAUCUGCAAACAAUCAGAUUCUGCCACAGAGUGUUUCAAGGGAGAGGUAUGGAGACUUUGAGUAGGGAACAGAGUUUUGUGGUGCAGACCAAAGACAAUACAUUUGAGGGAGGUGCUAACAAAUUAAAGCUGAGUGUCUUUAACGAUUAUAUGGAAACUGACAUUAUGCCUUUGGAUGAUAUUGUCAAGGGAAACCAAGAACUAUGAGAAGGUCCAAGUGGGGAACCAUUUACCAUGGGAGCCAAUUGAGAAAGUUGAAUGGUCAGCAGUUUUGGAAUAGGAUCAAGAGCAGGAUGUAUGUUUUCUGGACAUGAACAAUUUAGCAAAGGCACAGGGGGAGACAGGAAAGAGAUCAAAGAAAGGUACAAAUUCAGAUCUAGGCUAGUCAAGAGCCUUAGAGGAAGUUUGGCUGGUUGGGCUAGAUUGGUGAAGGAGUUGGCAGAGGCAACCGAUUGAUGGUCUUAAUAUUGGUAUUAGAGAAAUCUGUGAUCUCCUCAUGCUGGUUCUUGGAGUUAACAUUCAUUUGCUGAUAUUCGGACAGCUUAAACUCCAGGCAAAAGCAUAUAUGUGACACAGGUUUUAAAUUAGGAACAUUUUAAAAAAAAUAUUGUAACAUCUGUCCACAAAGGCUUUAAUAGUAAUGAUUACAGUCCAUUUGUUGGUAUCGCAGGGAUAACUGCUGGAGUUCACACUUGCAUUGAGGACUUAAAUUGGCAAUUUGCUUGUGUGAUACAUGACCUAAAUUUCAAAAUGUAGUCCAAGCAGUGAAAGUUGUGAAUAAGAACAGAAAAUUACCGCAGAUUAAAAAUGUACAAUUCCAAGCUAUAAAAAUAAAUGGACAAAUGUUGGGCAUCCAGGAUAAUGUUAUGGAAAUUAGUCAAAUGGUAUUAGAUUCUCUACGCGGUGGAGUUUUGUGCAUGAUUGUACCAGACCCAUCUGUAACAGCACUAACACUUGGUGGCAAUGUUGAUGGAGGGCAUUGAGCAGGGGUUCUGAGCAUUUCUCUGGGACCAACACUAGCAGCUAAUGAUGGUGAAAGAGGGCAGCUUGAGUAAUCAAAUUGAUUCUCGUUGGAAAGAAAGGAUGUUUUUGGUUUGGAGAGGGCUGGUGGGAAGGGCAGCACUGUGGGUAUUCCUCAGCCCAAAGUAACACAAGCAGCCAUUCCAUGCACAUAGUGUAAAUAAUACCUUGUUUAUUCUUAAUUUCCCUCUGUGUUUGUAAUGACCUGAUGCCAAUUAAAUAAAGAA